ACACGCUCAAUGGGUAAUCGGAGGGUCUUUAAACAGUGCUGCCCUCGGCCCGAGACCCGCGGAGUUUGAACUUGACGCGCCCCAAAAAAUGCUGGUGUUCCUCUACAAGGCAUGACCGACACCACGCCUACUGCAAUACCCAGGGCUCUGUCUUCAUCCGAUGGUGGCGGUAAUGACUAUGCGAUGGAUCCUUAUUUCAGCUGGCUGAAACCUUGGCAGGAGGGCUUGCUUCACCUGAUAGCCACCGUGAAGACGUGCCUCUGAAUACGACGCAGAAGAAUGAAGAUGAGAAAGCCCAGGGCACUGAUGCAGGGGGAAAAAGCACAUCCUCACCUUCUAGGCCCGCCAAUGUCCAGGACGAUAAUUCUACUUUAAGCCUUCCAGCGGGACCAGAACCUGAGAGGACCUCAGAUCCUCUUCAGAUCGCAGCCCAGGCAUACCCUUGGAUGUACAUGAGCUCUACACUCGACGCCUGUUUCAAGGGCGCCGAAGCGGCUGCGAAGAAAGACCUGGAGGCAAAGGCAAAGGAGCUAGAAGCCGAAGAAGCCAACAUAUCUGACGAACGUAUUCGCUUUGAAGCUGAAAGACUGAUCGAGUUCUAUAACGAGCUUGCCUCUGAUAAGUUCGCGAAGGAAGCACCAAUAAUAAUGCAAAAGUUCCUGUCUCAUGGCGAUUCAUGCACCGAGUGUGAAUCAGAAGCUCUCAGAAUCUCUUCGCAGGACUUUGACCUCGAUUACACUGAGGGCCCUUCGCCUUUGACUAUCCUUAACUCGAUGUUAGAAAAGCUUGACCGUCUUCAGGACGAAGCUAUUGAGCUGAAAACACGCAUCUCUGACUUGGAUCCUCCAGGUAAUGAUGGAGAAAACGAGGAAUCUACUGCAGCCAGGGCGCAGAUAAUACCCUUGUUCAGUGCUUGCCUUCCUGUUCUCCGCGCGAGGACGGCGAACUUGGCUGUGGCGCAACAGCUGAUCGAAGGCGUCAAGGAGAACUAUUCAGUGACGCUCCAUUUAAAGAUGCUGGAAAUGGACGAUUCGGAUGAUUAUGAUUCGGAAGACAAUUGACACUAACGCAUACCCUACAAUUUUCAUGAGAUAUAUCCGAAAUGCUUGCUAGGCUGAGUCCAAUGCUGAGUCCUUGCACAAGACAGUCUGAAACCCUGAUAUCGAAGAGUUGAAAAUACCAGCAAAAGAAUUGGCUAGUUCAUAAGCUCCCCUGCGCUAGGUCGAAAGAGAAGACGCCAAUCUUUGG